AUGAUCAACUGUAUUUCUGGACAAGAUCACGUGAUUUACUCCUUGUCCUAUUAUGUUAAUUGUUUGAUCCUACUUACUACACAGAUAGAUGCCUCGCCCCCACAGGAUGAUCCCUGGGCCUUGCCUGAAUUAAAAGAUACAGGGACCCCCUGGAAAGACUUGGAUACAAAAGGAAAGAUUAUCAGGACAAUAUGGACAGCUACCCGGACAGUCCUCAUCUUCGUCUGUCUCUACUUCUUCAUCUGUUCUCUAGAUUUUUUGAGUUCCGCCUUCAGACUACUAGGAGGUAAAGCAGCCGGUAAAGUGUUCCAGAACAGUGAACUCAUACAAAACCCAGUAUGUGGUCUGAUGAUCGGAGUGCUGGUCACUGUGCUGGUCCAGAGCUCCUCCACAACCACGUCUAUUGUAGUCAGUAUGGUAGCAGCAGAUAUCCUGACAGUGAAGUUGUCCAUCCCGAUCAUAAUGGGAUCCAAUAUUGGAACUUCAGUGACGAACACCAUCGUAUCACUAGGGGAAAUCACCCAUCGUGACGACUUUAGGCGGGCUUUCGCUGGGGCCACAGUACAUGACAUGUUUAACUGGCUAUCAGUCAUUGUCUUGCUUCCACUGGAAAUUGCCACAGGUUACCUCUACUAUGUAUCUGGGGCCAUUGUCGAAAGCUUGCAACUGGGAACGUACAAAGACGCAAACAAAGAUCUUCUGAAGGCAGUGACGAAACCUUUUACGAAAUUAAUUAUUCAAAUAGAUUCCAGCAAGAUCAGCAUGAUAGCUAAAGGAGAAAGAGAUGAAGACGACUCCAGGCUGCUGAAGAUCUGUUGUCAAUCCAAAACAUCCACCUUAACUAACGAGACUGGAUACAAUUAUACACAAACCAACUGUGUUCAAAAAUGUACUCACCUGUUCGCGACUUCCGGUUUGUCAGAUUCCGUGAUAGGGAUCAUUAUGCUCCUGGCCUCUCUCGCACUUCUCUGUUUAUGUUUGUUUGGAAUUGUCAAGUUACUGAACUCUCUUCUUCAAGGAAACAUUCGAAAAGUUAUCAAAAAAUUCGUUAAUUACGAAUUCCCUGGAAAAGCAGCAUAUUUUACAGGUUACGUUGCUAUUGUAGUCGGAAUGGGCUUUACUAUUUUAGUCCAAUCCAGUUCCAUUUUUACCUCGACCUUGACCCCUCUCGUCGGGGUUGGAGUUGUCAGUAUAAAAAGGAUGUAUCCUUUAUGCCUUGGUUCUAACAUCGGUACCACAACUACUGGAAUUCUUGCAGCUCUAACAACCGACACUGUAGGUGGAACAAAGCGACUUCAAAACGCUCUUCGAGUUGCCAUGUGUCAUCUUUUCUUCAACCUAUCUGGUAUCUGUAUCUGGUAUCCCUUUCCUCUCAUGAGGUUUCCAAUCCCUCUUGCAAAAUUUUUAGGCAACACAACAGCGAAGUAUCGCUGGUUUGCACUGUUUUACCUCGUCAUGGCAUUUUUCUUUCUACCUUUGGCAAUCUUUGGAUUAUCUCAGGGAGGAUGGGAGGUUCUUGCAGGGGUCGGUAUUCCUUUAAUUUGCUUACUUUUCAUCAUAGGGAUAAUGAAAAUAUUACAGAGAAAAAGACCCAAUUGGUUACCUGCAAAGCUUCGAAACUGGAAGUUUUUGCCUAUAUACUUUCGUUCUCUACAACCUCUAGACAGACUAUUAAACCACUUGUUUGGAUUCUGUAAAAUAUGUCAUCAUCAUCACCAUGACCACCACCACCAUCCUCAUCAUCUCCAUGAUGAAAACACACCAAGAAAAAAGGAGGACCAAACGAUUAUUUAGUGUACAAUAUGUCGCAAUUUAAGUAAAUUAAUUGUAAUACAUGCUCUAAUGCUGUGUGAUAAUCUUUACAUUUAUUUUCAAAUCUAGCUCACUCCCUUGCUACCAUUACAAAAACCUCGCUAAUAGUGCUGUGCAGAUAGGUAUUUUUUCACUUUAGAAAAAGUAAAAGUUAAUGAAUCAUAGUAAGCAAUGUCUGGAUAUUUUUAGUCUUCUAUUUUAAAAAUGUUGUUGAUGGCUCCAUGUCUUCCAAAUCACACCUUAUAGAAACUUGUUUUUCUGAUUGAAUGAUUCUUUACAAGCAAGAAAGGGGAUGUCUUACGGUCAUUGCAAAACAUUAUAUCAUAUUAAUGCUGUUGACAACAAAGAUUUUAACAAUUCCAGCUCAUUAAC